AUGCUCCCAACCAUCAGCACAAAGCCAGACAAGCACAUCCUGAAACCCUGGUGGGACGUCUUCACCGACUACAUCUCAGUGUUUAUGAUGAUCAUCGCUGUCUUUGGUAUUUAUCUGCAAGUCACACGUGAGAGCAUGACCUGUCUGCCCUGCAAGUGGGUGAACAUCAAGCAAUGCAAGGCCCUGGCCACCACAAACAUAACCAUGGUUUAUCAGAAACAUCGCAUAGCUUCGCGCAACAAAUACAGCAGUGCCUUCUGCUACGAGAAGAAAUUACACUGGUUCGCUAAAUAUUUCCCCUAUCUGAUGUUUGUCCACACCAUUGUCUUCAUGGCUUGCGGCAAGUUCUUGUUCACAAUUUUGAGCACAAGCUCAACAUUGGAGAACUUCGUCACCAUCCUUCUCAAGUGCGACGACUCCCCCUGGACAACCAGGGCUCUGUCCGAGACCAUGGUGGGGGAGAGCAAUCCCAAGUCUUUUGGAAAAGCCGCCGACAUGAGGGACGAUGGAGCGAAGCCCAGGAUUGAGGCGAACGUCUUGUGCAAAAAGGACGGCGAGCAGGCGAAGGCUCUUUUUGAGAAGGUGAAGAAGUACAGAAUCAAAGUGGAGAAGGGUGAUACGAUAUACACGGUCUACAUAUGGCAGACCGUGGUCAAAAUAACUGACAUUCUCCUCAUCAUCAUCUACCCAAUCUACUACGUGGACUUCAUUGAGUUCAGUUUGAUAUGUGAGGAAAAUAUCGCAGGAUACAGUGCGUUUACCUGCAUUUACACUUUAGCCAACUCUUACAAGAUUUUGGCCUGGGCUUACAUCAUUCUGGGAGUGCUGUGCUUCCUGAGCUGCUUGUACACCCUCUACUGGAUGUGCACUCGCUCCCUCAAAUCGUACUCUUUCGAGACAACGCGGGAAGAAAGCAGCUACAGUGACAUCCCCGACAUGGUGAACGACUUUGCCUUCAUGCUACACCUCAUAGAUCAAUACAAUCCUCUCUACACGGAUCGCUUUGCUGUGUUUCUGUCAGAGGUCAGUGAGAAGAAACUGAAACAGAUGAACUUGGACAACGAGUGGAAGCUGGAGAAGCUGAGUCAGCACAUCACCAAAAACGUAGAGGACAAGCUGGAGCUGCAUCUUUUCAAACUUGCCGGAAUCCCAAACACUGUGUUUGAACUCAAAGAGCUGGAAGUGCUGAAGCUGGAGUUCAUGCGUGACAUAUUGAUACCACCCAUGGUCAUCCAGCUGUCAAACCUGACGGAGGUGUGGCUUUACCACACGCCGACCAAAAUCGAUCCUCCAGCCCUGUCCUUUCUGGGCGAAAAGCUGGGAACACUGCACGUCACGUUCACCCACAUCAAGGAGAUUCCCAGGUGGAUGUACCACCUGAAGAACCUGCACGAGCUGCACCUUACCGGUACGCUGGGUAGUCACCUGACCUCUGUCAUUGAUAUGCUGAGAGAGCUGAAAAUGCUCAAAGUGCUUUAUCUGACCAACAAACUCACCAAACUGCCCCUGGCUCUGUUAGAGGUGUGUGCGCACCUCCAGAAGCUCUCCAUCAAAAACAGCGGCACCAAGCUGAUGGACCUGAUCAACAUGAGGAAGUCCUUUUCCGUGCAAUUCCUUCACUCCGUCGAGCACCUGAAGGAACUCGAGCUGAUUGAAUGCAACCUCGAACAGAUCCCUCACGCCAUUAUCAGUGUCCGUGACCUGCGCGAGCUCGACCUACGGGGCAACAACCUGACCAUCAUAGAUGCCAUCAUUGGCUUCCAGCACCUGAAGUGGCUGGUGUGCCUCAAACUGUGGUACAACAAGAUCGUCCACAUACCCAUCCAGAUUGGAUCACUGUCCAGACUGCAGAGGCUUUAUCUGAACAACAACAAGAUUGAGAAAAUCCCCCAAGAACUUUUCUUCUGUCAGAACUUGCGCCUCUUAGACCUGAGUCACAAUAUGCUGAUGAGCAUCAGCGCUAACGUAGGCUGCCUGCAGAGACUGCAGCACUUUGCGGUGACAGCAAACAUGAUUGAGACGUUGCCCCCAGAACUGUUCGACUGUAAAAAGCUCCAAUCUCUUUAUUUGGGGAAAAACUGCCUACUGUCGUUACCGUCAAGCAUCAAUAAGCUCACCCUGUUGACAGAGCUGGAGCUGAGAGGAAACCUGCUGGAGCGUCUGCCCGUGGAGCUGGGAGAGUGUUGUCUGUUGAAGCGGAGUGGUCUGUUGGUGGAGGAGAACCUGUUCAACAUGCUGCCAUCAGAAAUCAGAGAGCAGAUUUUGGACAGCUGAUGACGGACAGAACAUUAGUAGAAUUCAUGCUUCGAUAUUUGAUGCUGGAUAUUCAUAUUAAAUUCAUCUUCUCAUCAGAAUUUAAACACAUUAUAUUAUUUGUUUUUGUGACAUUAAUCAAAGUCUGUCUGUCCGUCUGUGUCCUCUGCAUCUGCUCUUGAACUUUUUGUUGACUACUGUCAGAAAGCUUUGCUCAAGAAGCAAUGAUUCCAUGUCAAAUUUAUGGUUCAAUUUGAAACGAAAGCUUGCAGAAAAAACCUCAACUAACUUGAUAAUGGGCUCCUCUAACAGAAAAGUGUGGAUUUGGCCCAUCCCUGGCUCUGAGUAAGCAGUUAAACAAAGAUUGGCACAUUUUCCUGGAUUUGUCUUUUUUUAGUUUGAGGUGUGAAACAUUUUAUUUUUCAAAAUAGUCAACUGGAAUGUAGCAACAAUCCCUUAUCAACACCUCCGCAGCUGUGGCUCUGAUUGUUUAGCACAUGUGAUGUUUGUUAUGAGACUUCACAGGAAUUGAUUUAUCUUCAUAUGGUUUUUGAAUGUCUGUUCACUGGUAGUUUUCUGAAGCUUUCGCUGGUUAAUUUUUCUUUCUUUUUUUACAAUCCCUGCUAUCACUGACCUCAUCUCAAUGUUACCUCAUCUCUCCUCUUCUCAUUAAGCUGCUGCACACUAACUUGUUGGACAGACACGGCCAAGGAAUGUCCAGGGAGGGAGACAGGUUUAAGGGCAUUUGAGUAUAAAUCUGUCUCUUAAUUUUAACCAGAACUUUAUAAAUGGGUUUCUGUUCUUUGAAGAAUAGGUUUUCACAUGAGAAAAUGCAACUCUGUGUUGUGUGUGUGUGUCCAUCUGUUCUGGACUUUCUCUAUGGUUUUAUCCUGCAGCCAAUGAGUCAGGCAAUGAACAAAGAAGAAGUCACCUGACCUGAGUCAGUUACCUGGAAUCUCAGACCAGCCGUAAGGCUUGAGAAAUGGCAAAAAGUUACAGUAAUGUUUUCAUUAACCCAAAUAUCCUGCGUGCAUUAAUUCAAAAAUGAGAAACCAAAAACAAAGAGUCAAACUGUCCUGUUUUUAUCAGUUAAGAAUCUUCAGGGAGUUUCUGUUCUCCCUCAGUAGACACUGAAAGGUUGUUAUUUCAAGUGGGCUAGGAAGGGGGGUGGGGUGGGGUGAGGUCCGCUUUCUCUUUCUGACUUCAGGUGCCAGGCAACCUAACUGCCCUUCACAUUCCCCGGUAUCGGUCAUGUGACCACAGUUUGGUCAGAGCCAGUGGACCAUGACCAGGUAUUUGAUGAGAUCUAGUUUCUACUACAUCCUCUGAUUUACACCGUGUUUUUACGGGAAUAUAAUCUUUCAAACCAGAAGGAACCACUCCAGAUAACAGUUUAAAAGUAAACAAUUCAAAGUUUGA